GGUGAAUUGCCAUGGAAACCAGAAGAAACCCAGACUUACUUGUUUUCAUUUAAGACAUUCGGACUUCUAAACCACCUGGUGUCAAAUGUAUCUGCCAAAGUCAGCAGGCCAACAAUCUGCUGAGUGUGUGAAGAAGAAAUGUCGUUUGAAGACAGGAUCGUACAUUUACUCACAUAUCUAAGAACCGAUUUUAGGAGUCCAAGGUCUGGUACCUACAGGACCUCAGUAACUGAACAUGGACCUGGGAACAAAAGUGCUACCAUCGUCGAGCUUAAGAGGAUACUGAAACCCAUCUGGCAUCUUGUUUUGAUCGGAAUUCUGAGCGGGAUCCUCGCCAUGGUGGUAUUAAUCACCAUCAUUGAGUGGAACACCAAGCAAAACGUGAUAAUGAGUAUAGAGCAGGUCAAAGAGGAGAUGAAGAGCAACACCGAGAAGCUGCUAGAGGAGAAAAGCAGGAUUUCAGAACAGCUGAACUUAACCAACACAAACUUCUCCAUUCUGGUGGCGGAGUAUGAACGGCUGUUGGGCAGAAUUCCUUGCAAUCUUACCUUGCUGGAGCGGGAAAUCAACAGGCUGAAUGGGGUCUUGAGCAAUGCUUUAAUAGCUAAACAACAGGUUCUCAGGAAAGUCAACCAGUUGACGUCCCAACUAAAGUCUACCCAGAAUAAUUACCAGGUUACGGAGCUGGAGAACAAGAAACAGCGUUCGAUCCUGUCGUCCAAGCGGCUCGACUACAUCUGGAAUCGUUGUGACCGGACCACGCUGCAGUGCUCCCACUGCCUGCCGGGGUGGACGGAGCACGCUUCCCGGUGCUUCCUCCUGUCCAAUGUAGAGAAAACUUGGGAAGAUGCUCGCGUUGAUUGCCUCAACUACAAAGGGGACCUAGCUGUCGUCCUGGAUGCCGCAGACCAGGCUUUCCUGACGAACCUGACAUUCCAGUUUAAAAAGGCAAAUCCCGGCAUGUACUUCCACUCAGCGUGGAUCGGGCUGCAGGACAUGGUCAAUGAAGGAGUCCACUUCUGGGUAAAUGGAGAGAGAAUCAAAUGGGAUGUCAUAUACUGGAGACCUGACGAGCCCAACAACUUCAUAGCUGAUUGGGACACUGAGCAAGCCGGUCAGGACUGCGUGUCCAUUCUACCACCAGAUGAGGUGGGACCUGAGGGCUGGAUGAACAGCUGGGAUGACAUUACUUGUCUUGGGAAACGUAACUACAUCUGUGAGACUGAUGCCCUGAUUUUGACCUAGGAUGGAAGAAGUCCUGUUUUAAUCUGGCCACAAGACACAUGUGGGAGGAAAUAGUCGGGUCAGAGAGUCUGAAAUGUAUCUUUCUUGUUAAAAAAAGCACAAAACUCUGAACUCUGAGUGAGAGAUUGUGGGGGCAGCAUCAUGCUGUGGGGAUGGGAUGGAGUAAUGAGAUGGUAGUUGGAGAAAAAAAAAUCAUUCUAUACUCUAAGAAAAUCUAAAAUUACAGAAGAAGUAAAAGAGAACAAAUUAAUUUUAAGAAUUGUUAGUUAGGUUAUACAUUGGGACCUGUAUGGUUCACACAGUAUGCAGAUGACUGUUCGAUUUAUUACUCAAACAUUUUUUUACUCCCCUUAAUUAACAAUACAGAAAUGUUGCUGUUGGUAUGUCUGAUGUACAAAUGUGGGAAUACACAAUUACCAACAACAGAUCUGCAACCAAAUCCCAGCUAACUGUUCCUGAUCAGGAAGCUAGUGUUUGCACUACAGCACAGUUACCGGAUACAGGAAGUUAGAAAAGUUGAAACACCAAUAAAACUUAAUAUUUACAACUAAUUAUCCCAGAAAAAAAUGUACAAAAUGUAUUGCAUUAGUUAUCUUUAUGUUGUGUUGCAAACUAAAGGCAAAUUAUGUAAAGUUUUAGAUCAUUUGGUCACAAAUGAGCUAAGAUUUUGUGCCCAUCUAAAGUCAUUUGGACUUUAGAUGCCCAAAUGAUCUAAAAUCUUAAAUCACUAAUUUAUUUAUUUAUUGAAUAUGACUAUACAGGC